UCAAACUCAGAUACUGAGAGUAUGGCAAAAGUAAUAUGUGAGCCCAAGUCAGUGCUCUUUCUAUUCACUGCCUUCUGAAACUUACAGUAUAAAAAAGACUGGUGCAAGAAAAAAAGGGUAACUGGCUCUUGAUUCCUCCAUUUUUCUGAAGUUAUUUAGCCCAGUCCCACUCCAGCUCUACUGUGAACCCAUAAAUCCUGUGUCUCCUUAGGUAAAGGGAGUGUUAGUCAUAGUAAUUCAUAGGGCAUUACCAUAGUUACCAAACAGACUCCAGUGCUCCAGCCUAAACAUUCCAGAAGACGACAGGGAGGAGCUGAGAUGGCCUUCUUCAACUUAUAUCUAUUGGGAUAUCAAAAUUCCUUUCGGGACAAGAAAAGGGACACAACUGAAGAAACAAACCAGAAGGAACUGGCGCCAACUAGGCUUCCCCCUAUUAUCCCAGAAGAUGGGAAUUAUUCUGUGCACCAGAAUAGCCACACAAGGUACCACGAAGCUGUAAAGAAGGUGUUGUUAAAGACAUUCCCCAAUCAGGUCUUCAGAGUCCCCUUGACUGAUGCUCAGAAUUUCAGCUUCUGGCGGUCCCAUGAUGCAGGCGUGUGCCCAGAGGAAACCAUGCCAUGGAUCCGAAGCCCCCGCCACUGCCUCAUCAAAAGCCCAAUGACCAGGUUCAUGGAUCACUCUGUUCUUAGUGACAGAAACUUCAGUCUAUAUUGAGCAGGAUGUGUUUACAGAAGGGCAAGAUGAACUGUGGAAGCAGAGCAAAGAAAGAGAAAGUGGGAGAUGUCCUGGUUCCACUGACUGACUAACGGGAGGAGGGGAUCGCAAAAGCAGAGUAAACAAACUGGACUAGAAGUCACUUGUGUGCACUGGGAGUGAGGCAGAGGGAAGUCAUUCUCAUGCCCAAAUUCCUGUGAGAUCAGAUGUAUGCGGGCCCAAAGCUGGUGUUUGGGAGGAGCCAGGAUACAGAAAAGACCACAAAGGGGGUCUUGACCUCAUGAAUGGCAGGUGUCAGAAUAACAAGCCUGGGAAGACACACACUGGUGGUCAUGAUGCUGAAGGGCCUAGAGUAGUCAUGCUCUCUGAAGACUGCAACUUCACCUUGGCAGCGAGAAAACCAGAAGAAGCCCUCUAUCCACCGAGGGAAAAGGCCCACAGAGCCCUCCGGCAGGAGGCUGCCUCCUGUACCCAGCUCUGCCACUUCUGACCCAACCCAGGGCCCAGAACAUCUUCAGAGAGCUAAGAAUUUU